AUGGGAUCGUCUCCUAGUCUCUGUAGAGAUCCUCAAUCCGGAGAACUUACCGAACAUGAUAAUUUGUUCAAAUUAAUCGCAGCUGCAGCUGGUUCGAAAAAAGGAAAAGAAUAUGUGAAGAAUCUAGAGAUUAGAGACGUUACAGAUUUGAGAAUCAUUUUUGGUGAAAAUGGAAGGACUCUUAUCACUUUGAACUCUGAGAAUAAGACAUUCGAGAUGCAUUUAGAGCAGACUGAACAGGAGCAAGAUGUUGGGAAACUUAAAGUCAACAAUGUCAACCCGCUGCUCUGCAAGUUCAAUAUCAAGUCAGCACCAGACGUCAUACAAACCACAAUCACCAUUUUGAUGAACAUCUUCCACCUUCAAAAUAUUCGUACUAUGGAAUUCAAGGAUCCCGAUCGCCUGAUUCACGAAAUUGCCGACAUCCACCAACUCGCAAAAACCGCUCAUCUCCGGAUCACCAAGCCAACCGUGACCUCUCAAGAGUUGAAAUUUCUCAAAAGCAUUCGCACUUUUUUCCUAGCCUUCAACACAAUGCCUCCAGACGAAUAUCAUCUCUGGCCGCUUAAAUUUAAAAACGUCGAAAUUCUAAAUGGCUACUUGUACACCAUCGACGAUUUGUACAAAAACGACGAGUGUUAUACUACAAAACUGAAUCUCCGCAAAUGUGAAUGGUCCACCACCUCCAUCAACGAAUUCCUCAAGAUUUGGUUAGGAUCAAAGCAAUUGUUGAAAUUCGAGUACAUCCGUUUUGGUUCGGUUGAAGACUUGGGAGACUUGUUCGAUGGAUUGACCGUAUUACCACGGUUCAAUGCGCUACACAGCCGGUACUAUAAAAUGGACUACCCACAUUCCAUCUGGUUUGACUGCAAGACAGGAUGGGACAUAAAAAGAAGUGAUGAUACAUUGGCUACGGUUUUGUUCGAUAGAGACUCUCGUUGUUGUUGGUUUUUGGUUUGGAGAGAGCGGUUUUUCCCGGAUCUUCCAGAAGAGUUAUCUAAUGAUUUAGUGGAGGUGGAAGAGCAACUGGGAGGUUUGGAUCUGCUGACUUCUUCACCAAGACCUUAUUAUUGA